UUUCCUAUGAAAAAAAGUUGUACCAAUAUAGAUGAAAGAAUUUCCCAUCAUGUCGACAUCUUGUGCAAAAGUAAAGCAAAACAAAAAAAUUUGCAACAGCAAGCAGCACGUGGGCACGGCUUAAUUAAGCGUCCUCCUGUCUGUCUGCUGCUAAUCGCGGCCAUGGACGACGGGCACCUCGACUGCUCCUCCAUCGGCAGCUACUUCGACGACAUCCUCAUGGACACGGAGCAGCAGCUUGCGUGCUGUACUCACACCCACACCUGCAACCCGCCCGACCACCACCUCCACCACACCCACACCUGCCUCCACGUCCACUCCAACUUCACCGCCUCCGCCUCCUCCGACGCCGGCGCCGGCGCCGAGACCCCGGCCGAGUUCGAGGACGCCCACAACACCUUCAGGAGCAAGAGACGCCGUCCCUCGGGUAAUCAGGCGGCCGUGCGCAAGUACCGGGAGAAGAAGAAGGCGCACACCGUGCUGCUGGAGGAGGAGGCGGCCCGUCUCAGGGCUAUGAACGAGGAGCUCGGCAAGAAGGUCCAGGAUCACGCCGCGCUCGAGGCCGAGGCGGCUAGGCUCCGCUGCCUGCUCGUCGACGUCAGGGGGAGGAUCGAAGGGGAGAUCGGCGCCUUCCCUUACCACCGGCGGCCCGCCAAGGGCGCCGGUCAGGGCGGUGCCCAGAUUAUGAGUUCAUGUGAUUUCAUAGGAACCUGUGAACAACCUCAUACGUGUUUUCAUUAGUAUCAGAUCUAUACAAUGGACAAUAUUAUUCUCUGAGGGCAGUUGACAUGGAAGGAGAGAGGACGGUGGCGACAGUCGUCACUAGGUUGAAGAAAGAAGCUAGUUGUGGCAUGGUUUAGUCUUCGGUAGAUGUCCCGUGAGUGUGUACUCCCUCCGCUACUCUUAUCAAUAGAGGUUUUCGUUCCGUUUUAUAUAUAAAGUAACGAUCAUCAAUAACCCAGUACAAACACAAGCCACCAC